UAACGUUAUUUUAAACUUCUCUUUUCAGUAUAGAGGCUUCAGGUUAAGGCUAGAGCGACUGUAAGGCUUCCAUUGCAUGACACCUUUUCUUCUAUCUUGCAUCACUGAAGAUUGCUAUGAAAUUAGAAUGAAAAUCCUUGUUGGUUGUGAUACGAUUGUGGAAUUUUUUCCCUCCUAUACCCUAGUACAGGGAAUAGUAGAAACAGUUUAAUUAGAGCUAUGGUUUGUGGCCAUAUAUUAUAGCCCUAGGUCAGCUGGGCUGUCUCUGUCCUAGUUACGCUUCCUAAAGCAAAAGAAAAUCCUCAUUACAGAUGAAUUUAGUUGUGGUAAUAGGAUUGGAGGUUCUAAAAUGCAUGAAGAUUAUUUGGUAAUUAGUAUAAAAAUCUUUAAAUUUUAUGACAUUGAAUGUUAGCAUUCAGAAUCCAGAAUGCAAAAGAACCCUUGUAGGCAUGUGGCAGUUAGAAUAUACAGACCUGUCUAGAGCUAAAUGUUUUUCUAGAAAUAAAAAUAUUCAUGUUUUGAGAAAGAUAACAUGGUUAGAUGGAUUUUAACCAUUGUGUUGUGUGUAUGUGCAUAUAUGUGUGCAUGGUGUGUAUUUAUAUUGUUGAAGUAUCGUUGACAUACAGUGUUACAUUAGUUCAUGUGAUGUUCUGAUCAGUUCAUGCUGAUUCAACAAUUCUAUACCUUAUGCUGUGCUCCCCAUGAUAAGUGUCAUUACUGUCACUAUACAGUGUUGUUACAGUAUUAUUGAUUAUAUUUCCUGCACUGUACUUUUCAUCUCUAUGACUUACUUUUAUAACUGGGAAUUUGUACCUCUUAAUCCCCUUCCCCAUUUUCUGUGCGUUGGUAUUUAAUCUUGCUUCUCCUAAUAUGGUGUUACUGAUUCCAGUAUUCAUUUCUGUGCUAAUCCUCUCUGUACCAAAUGAUGACUAUCAUCAAGUUAAUUUCAGAGUGUUUUAGGGAAUGGCAAGACAUACUUAGUGCAGGUGUGAGUCUGGAACAUCUUUGUUUUUGUUUUGUAAAUAUCAGGCUGAUUACAGAUAAGCCCACAAUUAUAAGCUUUGUAGAGCUUGAGUUGGAUCAGUGUUCUGCACCGUUCCUACUCUGAGUAUGAUGUAUGGCAUCACGUCAGUGUUUGCUCAGAAUGCCCAAGCUUAAGCUUAACCCUAAACCUAAUGAAUCAGAACCUGGAUCUUAACAAGCUUUCCAGAUGAUAGGAAUUUAUGUUAAAACUUGAGACACCCUACUUUGGUUGGGAAGAGUUGGAAGACUGAGGUCAUGGGUAAAGCUAUGUAAAAUUAGAGCAUUUAUUUUGAUCUGAGGUAAUCCUUUGCUGCUUAUCGAGUCUGAUUCAUCUGGUUGAAGAAACAGACAUGGCAGUGGUGUCCAUGGAUCUCAAUAGUGCCAGCACUGUUGUUCUUCAGGUCUUAACACAGGCCACCAGUCAGGAUACUGCUGUAUUAAAACCAGCAGAGGAGCAAUUGAAACAGUGGGAGACACAGCCAGGUUUCUAUUCAGUGUUAUUGAAUAUUUUUACAAACCACACUCUGGAUAUAAAUGUAAGGUGGCUUGCUGUGCUAUAUUUUAAGAAUGGAAUUGAUCGUUAUUGGAGACGUGUAGCACCUCAUGCUCUCUCAGAGGAGGAGAAAUCUACGUUGCGUGCAGGGCUAAUCACCAACUUCAACGAACCAGUAAACCAGAUUGCAACUCAGAUUGCAGUGCUGAUUGCAAAAGUUGCUAGAUUGGACUGUCCUAGACAGUGGCCUGAACUCAUUCCCACUCUUAUAGAAUCUGUGAAAGUCCAAGAUGAUCUUCGACAGCACAGAGCAUUACUUACCUUCUAUCACGUUACCAAGACUCUGGCUUCCAAACGUCUGGCUGCUGAUAGGAAAUUGUUUUAUGAUUUAGCUUCUGGAAUUUAUAAUUUUGCCUGCUCUCUGUGGAAUCACCAUACAGACACAUUCCUUCAACAAGUUUCUUCUGGGAAUGAAGCUGCAGUUCUAAGUUCAUUAGAACGAACUCUGCUGUCAUUGAAAGUGCUGCGUAAAUUAACCGUUAAUGGAUUUGUGGAACCUCAUAAGAAUAUGGAGGUGAUGGGUUUUUUACAUGGAAUAUUUGACCGUCUGAAACAAUUUCUGGAAUGCAGUAGAAGUAUAGGUACAGAUAAUGUAUGUAGAGACAGACUGGAAAAGACCAUCAUUCUUUUUACUAAAGUGCUUUUGGACUUCUUGGAUCAGCAUCCGUUUUCAUUUACUCCUCUAAUUCAGAGAUCACUGGAAUUUUCUGUAAGCUAUGUAUUUACAGAAGUUGGUGAAGGCGUUACAUUUGAGCGAUUCAUUGUUCAAUGCAUGAAUCUUAUUAAGAUGAUUGUAAAAAAUUACGCUUAUAAGCCAUCCAAAAAUUUUGAAGACAGCAGUCCUGAAACUUUAGAAGCACAUAAGAUCAAGAUGGCAUUCUUUACAUAUCCCACUUUGACAGAGAUAUGCAGAAGAUUAGUCUCUCAUUAUUUUCUGUUAACUGAAGAAGAACUGACAAUGUGGGAAGAAGACCCAGAAGGCUUUACAGUGGAAGAAACAGGGGGAGAUUCUUGGAAAUACAGUUUGAGGCCUUGCACUGAAGUACUAUUUAUAGAUAUAUUCCAUGAAUAUAAUCAGACUCUUACUCCUGUACUUCUAGAAAUGAUGCAAACACUUCAAGGGCCCACUAAUGUGGAAGAUAUGAAUGCACUAUUAAUCAAAGAUGCUGUGUAUAAUGCUGUUGGAUUAGCAGCUUAUGAGCUGUUUGACAGUGUUGAUUUUGAUCAGUGGUUUAAAAACCAACUUCUUCCAGAAUUACAAGUCAUUCACAAUAGAUAUAAGCCAUUGCGACGCAGGGUGAUUUGGCUCAUCGGUCAGUGGAUUUCUGUGAAAUUCAAGUCUGACUUAAGACCCAUGUUAUAUGAGGCAAUUUGUAACUUGCUUCAAGAUCAAGACUUAGUGGUCCGUAUCGAAACAGCGACAACACUGAAGUUAACUGUUGAUGAUUUUGAAUUUAGAACAGAUCAGUUUCUGCCGUAUUUGGAAACCAUGUUCACACUACUUUUUCAGCUGCUGCAGCAAGUUACAGAAUGUGACACAAAGAUGCAUGUUUUGCAUGUCCUUUCCUGUGUGAUUGAAAGAGUAAAUAUACAGAUACGACCGUAUGUAGGAUGUUUGGUACAGUAUUUGCCUCUUCUUUGGAAGCAGAGCGAAGAACACAAUAUGUUGAGAUGUGCUAUUCUGACAACACUUAUUCAUCUUGUUCAGGGAUUAGGAGCAGACAGCAAGAACCUGUACCCUUUCCUGCUCCCAGUUAUCCAACUGAGUACAGAUGUUUCCCAGCCUCCACAUGUUUAUCUUCUGGAAGAUGGUUUAGAAUUAUGGUUAGUGACUUUGGAAAACAGCCCAUGUGUUACACCGGAGUUGCUUCGCAUAUUUCAGAAUAUGUCCCCCCUUCUUGAACUAAGUUCAGAAAACCUCAGAACCUGCUUUAAGAUCAUCAAUGGUUAUAUCUUUUUAUCAUCAACAGAAUUUCUACAGACAUAUGCAGUAGGUCUAUGUCAGUCCUUUUGUGAGCUGCUAAAGGAAAUUACUACAGAAGGUCAAGUUCAAGUGCUCAAGGUUGUGGAAAACGCCCUUAAAGUGAACCCAGUAUUAGGUCCACAGAUGUUUCAACCAAUUCUACCCUGUGUUUUCAGAGGUAUUAUAGAAGGAGAGAGGUAUCCUGUCGUGAUGUCAACAUAUCUUGGCGUUAUGGGUCGAGUCCUGCUACAAAAUACUAGUUUUUUUUCUUCGCUUCUUAAUGAGAUGGCACAUAAAUUUAAUCAAGAGAUGGAUCAGCUUUUGGGAAAUAUGAUUGAAAUGUGGGUUGAUCGAAUGGACAACAUUACACAGCCUGAAAGAAGAAAACUUUCAGCUUUGGCUUUGCUUUCUCUUCUGCCAUCUGAUAAUAGUGUCAUCCAAGAUAAAUUCUGUGGGAUUAUAAACAUCUCAGUGGAAGGCUUACAUGAUGUCAUGACAGAAGAUCCUGAAACAGGAACUUACAAAGACUGUAUGUUAAUGUCUCAUCUUGAAGAACCAAAAGUAACAGAAGAUGAAGAACCACCCACAGAGCAGGAUAAGAGAAAAAAAAUGAAAAACUCAACAGACCUAGUAAAAGAAUUGUAUUUGGCUGUCACUGAUAAGCUGGCUCUGAAGGACCCGGUGCACACAGUGUCGCUGCAGCAGUUUAUCUACGAGAAGCUGAAGGCGCAGCAGGAGCUCCUGGGAGAGCAAGGCUUCCAGUCCCUCAUGGAGACCGUGGACACGGAGAUCGUCACCCAGCUGCAGGAGUUUUUGCAGGGCUUCUGAGGGCGAGUGGCGUGUGGCUGCCUCCCCUUUCUGAAACAAGCCAAGGACCCCAGCCUGCCAUUGGUGUGUGCCAGCCUGCUGAGAGGAUGAAGAACUCCCUCGUGUAUGCCUGUAAAGAAGUGAAGACCAUACAUUUUUACUACCAAAAUGAGUGAAUAAAUGUAAAUCCCGCACAACUAAAAUCACAAACCUAUUCCUCAAAAGAAUUUAAUUUUAUAUUUAAGAGGGGCCCCAUGUUUACUAGAUAUAGAUUUGAUGACACUAGCUGCUUAGUUUUCUGUUAAGAGAAGACACCGUUUGAUUACCUUUUAAUCAUGUGCUCUUAACGCUUGAGAAGAUGAAGGUUAAUGUCUGCUCUGUUUUUCUGCAACCAGAAGUAUUAAUUUGGCUGCUGUAUCCCUUUUUUAAGCUAAUGAAACUGCAAGUUUGAAAAAUGGCAAAGCUGUUCAGAUGAUGCAAUUAGAGAAGGGUGUGCACCGGGCAAAAAUAUAUAAAUAGUGCAAAUAUAUAUUACUAAGGUUAUCUUGCAAGGGAGUUGCUUUCAUCUGACGUAGAAAAUGUGUUUUAUCAAAUGCUUUUAUUUUCAUUUUAGUAAUUGGAUACAAAAAUUAGUGAAGGGAUUUUUUUCCUCGUUUUAUUUUCAGAAAUUACCUUUAGUGUUUAAAUGCAUCUCGUAAGGCCCGCGGAAGGGAACCUGUGGUACUGCGGCCCCGGGGGAGACCUCUUGCCCCUUUGUUCCUCCCGGAGGCCGGAGGCCGGGCGCGGACAGCAGCCGCCACCCCACAAGCCGUUCUGUGCUGCAACCCCCACCCCCACCCCCCGCCCCGCCCUACCUGCCCUACCAGGUCCCAAGGUCCUUAUGCCUCCGCACAGUCAGGAUCCCCCGGGGCACCACACCGUUAGGACAAGUCUUCCUUCCUUAUUCCUCCAACACGCAGUACCAAAAAAGGGGAAAAAGGAGAAAAUAAAGCCUUACCGUUUCACUUGCCAUUUAUUGUUAAGAAACCUUUAAAGCAUUUUUUAGGAAAUACUCAAAGCAAGGUUGGGAAAUGUCUGAUCUUUCUAUAGAAAGUUGGGUACAGUAUAUGUAACUGCAGGAAGCCCACUGCCCCUUUGUAAGCUGUGGAACCCAAAAUGUACGGAACUACUUGGUGUUUUGAGCAAGAGAAAGAAAAUAUGGUCCAAAUUAAAUUUUCCAAAGAUACCUA